CCUAGGAAGAGGAGCAGAAGCUCACCAAAUCACAAAUCUAGGAUUCUCCUCUUUCUUGGUCUCCUCCCUAGAAUCCAGGCAACCAAUGUGCUCCUCCGUUUCCCUUAGUGGAACCUUGCCCGGGGUUGCUAUGGAGACAGGACGCUGCAACUUGCAAAGCAACAACUAGGACCCAGAAAUCGCUUAGCAGAUCUCUCAGCAAAGCGACUGUCCUGCGUUGUGUCCUUCCAUUUCUGCACAACAUCUUUCUAACAGAACUUAUUUUGUUUUGACUCUUUCUAUGGAAGACUCUACCACCCAGAAGCAAGAAAAAGAAAACCAAGAAUCGGGGAAAGAAGAGAGGCCAUGGGGAGAAAUAACAGCAGCUUCUUCCCAAGAUCUUACUGGGUUAUCUGCACCCCUGGAGUCGGAGCAGGGGCCUGAGACUGGACCCCAGUCCCGGAGCAGCGCACCUGGGAGCCCGCAGUCUAGAGACAGCACACCUGUCGGUGACCUCACAGGACCGGGUGCAUCGUCUGCACCUUCGCCUCCUGAGGAGUCCUCUUCCUCUCCUCUGACCAGACAGGGCCUUGAGGCGCCACGGCAGGCACGCGAGACCACUAGUGUGAUUCCCGAAGCCGAGAGGCCUCACUCGGACCAUUUGAAACCAUCAUCUGAAAAUGGAGAAACAACUCAUCAAACGUGCCCAUCAACGGGGGACGCCUUUCCACAGUUUCAGCAAACAAAUGGUCAUUUGUAUGAACCAAGGGAUGUGAGCUUUAGCAACUCUAAACAAAAAGAGCUUAGGUUUGACAUUUUUCAGGAGGAAGACUCAAACAGUAGCUAUGAUCCGGAUGAGGCUGAGCCCGAAGCGGCCCCCAGCGUGCUGGAGAUUGCCGUUCAGAACGCCAAGGCUUACCUCCUGAAGACCAGCAGCAAGUCGGGCUUAAAUCUAUAUGAUCAUCUUUCUGAGAUGCUGACCAAAAUCUUAGAUGAGCGACCUGAAAAUGCUGUGGACAUCAUUGAAAAUAUUAGCCAGGAAGUGAAGGUGGCGCAUUUUAGUAAAAAAUUAGAUACACUCCAAAAUGAGUAUGAGAUGCUUCCAACAUACGAAAUAGCAGAGAAGCAGAAGGCUCUUUUUCUUCAGGAACAUUUGGAAGGAGCUGACCAAGAACUGGAAGAUGAAAUAGCAGGAAACUCUCUUCCCAAUAUAAUGGAGUCAGCAUUUUACUUUGAACAAGCUGGAGUUGGCUUGGGCACAGAUGAGACCUAUCGAGUAUUUCUUGCCCUCAAACAGCUUACUGACACUCACCCAAUCCAAAGAUGCCGUUUCUGGGGCAAGAUUUUGGGCCUGGAAAUGAAUUACAUUGUAGCUGAAACGGAACUUCGUGAGGGAGAAGAUGAAGAGGAGAUGGAAGAGGAAGAUGUAACUGAAGAGAGAGACAACGGAGACAGUGAAAGUGAGGAAGAUGAUGAAUUACCAAGGUCCUUCUACAAGGCCCCACAGGCUAUACCAAAAGAAGAAAGCAGAACAGGUGCCAACAAAUAUGUCUAUUUUGUUUGCAACGAGCCAGGAAGACCAUGGGUGAAGUUACCAUCAGUUACACCAGCACAAAUUGUUAUUGCAAGACAAAUCAAGAAGUUUUUCACUGGGCGAUUGGGAACUCCCAUCAUAAGCUACCCACCUUUCCCAGGAAAUGAGAGUAAUUACUUACGAGCACAAAUUGCCAGAAUUUCAGCAGGGACCCACAUCAGCCCUCUAGGUUUCUAUCAGUUCAGUGAAGAGGAAGGAGAGGAGGAAGAAGAAGUAGAAGGUGGGCGAGAUAGUUUUGAAGAAAACCCUGAUUUUGAAGGCAUCCAGGUGGUUGAUCUAGUGGAAUCCCUGUCCAACUGGGUCCAUCAUGUACAACAUAUUCUCCCUCAGGGCCGCUGUAAUUGGUUCAACCCCAUACAAAGAAGUGAAGAGGAGGAAGAAGAUGAUGAUGAAGAAAAAGAAGAACUUGACUACAUAGAACAGGAAGUAGGGCCUCCUCUCUUGACACCGAUCUCUGAAGAUUUAGAGAUCCAGAACAUACCACCUUGGACAACACGACUGUCUUCAAAUCUCAUUCCUCAAUAUGCUAUUGCUGUUCUCAGAUCCAACCUCUGGCCUGGAGCAUAUGCCUUUUGCAAUGGCAAGAAGUUUGAAAAUCUCUACAUAGGCUGGGGUCAUAAAUACAGUCCAGACAGCUACACACCCCCAGUUCCACCACCAGUUUGUCAAGAAUACCCCAGUGGGCCAGAGCUCACAGAAGUGGAUGACCCCAGUGUGGAAGAGGAGCAGGCGUUCAGGGCGGCCCAAGAAGCAGCUGCACUUCCAGCCGAGGAAAAUGAAGACACUGAUGAAGAUGAAGAUGAUUACGACUAAUAAAAAUAAAAUUGGGUGCUUACUUCAGCAGCAUACAUAGUAAAAUAAAAUUGGCCCAGUGUUAUGAGAUACAUACAUACUCCUUAUGUGGGCCUAAUUAUAUAUAUAUGUAAUUAGCAACUAUUCCUGUGUAAAACGUCAUUCUCUGAAAAUAGCAAACUUGGAAUUUCAUAUUUGGAACUAUUAAUAUGCUUAUAAAAAUGUGCAAUGGAUUUUCCAGAGGCUAAAUGACAUGUUCCACAUAACUAUUCUGAUAGCUACAAUUAGUGAAAUCACACUCCUGUAUUUUUUUUUCAAAUCUCAGGUUUAAUUUCUAUUGUGGCAAACACGAAACUGUAUAACCCAACAGAGCUUCUUGGCGACUUCAAUAUUUUUUUGAGUAUCAAGGUAUAUUGAGGCCAAAAUAUUGAUUAGGAAAUUAUAAUUCUAUCACCUCCUCAAAGACUUCAGGGACAUUAAAUUUUUAACCUUUUACCCAUUACUGCUUAAAUAACUUCCUCAAAGACGUCUGUACCCUACAGAAAUUGGUUUGCUUUGUUUGGGGAAACAGUGGUUACACAGGUGGCUAGCUGGGGUACCCAGAGACUUCAGACUAAUAUUUCCUACCACUGCUUCUCUAAAACUAUCUUUUCAUUUCACUUAAAAAAGUAUUUUUAAGCCCUGCUACAUGUGCCCCAAGGCUACUGACCAGCAGUUUGCAGAUCACUGAUCCACAAACAUUGCUUGUCAAACACAUAAAAGGUACAUUUAUUCAAACUUGAGAAGUACAGGAAGCACUUCCAAGCAAACUAAAGGUAGAAAGGUCAUAAGCAGCACUAACUAUAUUUUGGGGAGGACUUUGGGCUUGGAGUGGAAUUUUGAGUGGUGAGACAAGCCGGGAUAUGUAAGCAGGGCCCAGAUUGUGGGCAGUGACUGGAUUUUAUUAUCCAUGGACAAGGAAGAGGACUCAACUAGGAAGUGACAAAAUCAAAUUUGUAAUGAAUGUUUUGGCUUCUGUUGGGAACUGCCCUGCCUGGUUUCAGGUGCUAUAAUCCCACCCCCCUCCCCCCACCCCCGCAUAGCUAAGGCUGAGUGAGCAACCUUUGGACCAUAAGCCACUAAGGAGACAAAGCUUAUCUCCCUGGCAGCAGCGCAGCUUCUGCUCCUUUUUCCACAACUGGCCUCCAAUGCUUGGGUAGCCAAUGAGUAAGAUUCCCAGGGGGGAAUUACCCACGACAGGCACGAUCACGUGGAGGCCCCAGGGAAGGACUUGGGGGGCUAUGGAGGAAGGGGGUGAUGGGCCCUCGCCUCUUGGCUUUGACAAAGCCUGAGUCCUCUUUGUAAGAAGUUUCCUAAUUUCUUGGCUAUUGUAUUUCCUCUGCCCGACUUAAGCCUGAAACAAUGAGAGGGUGGUGCAGCCCUGUGCUGGAAAGGGCAGGUUCCCCAGAUUAGGACUGAGAAAGGAUGUGUAAAAUCCUGUGAAACCUGCUUUGCUAAGAAUGCUCUCAGUUAAAUAAUAAAGGUCCGAGUAGGAAAUGAGUUUGUUUCCUAAAGUUUUGUAGCCCUUUAGCUAAUAGACCCUGACUCAGAAUAGGCCCUCAUAGUUCUUUGUAUAUUAUCUCUUGCUUGAUUCUCACUGCCUAACAAUGAUUAAUGAACUUUACCUGUAUUCCUGUGCUAACUGAACCCGAUAAAAGCCUGUCCUGGCAAGGGUCAGUGUGCUCUCCCCUCGAGAGUAGCCUUUCCCUUCUCCUCCACAGGACUUGGUAGUCCAUACAAAUUUGUCUUGAAUCCCACCCAUAAUGCUGUGUACACUGCAGGCCGGUGCAUGUGUCAGCUUCAAGGUAGAAGAGGGACUGACAGAGGACUGACACAGGGAGACCAGUUAGUAGGCUAGCUCGUUAUCUAGGUAAAGGGUAAUAAUGGCAUCAAAGAGGAUUACUGCACAGGAGAUAGAGUAGAAGCCUGGCUUACUGAUCUAAAGGACAAAAUAUUAGAAAGGGUGAUUUCCAGAAUUUCCUACUUGGCAAUACUGUUCAUUUUGGAGUGCAACUUAAGGUAUUUGAUAGAGCAGUUAAUAUUUAUAAAACUCCACCCAAGUACGUUUUGUUCACUUUUCAUGGUAGACAGUUGCUGCUUUUCUUUUUUCAUGUUUCAUAUCCAUUUCCUCAUCCACCCGGACUCCCUUUUGAGAACUGCCUCUGUGCGUGGUGUGCAUCGUGGCAUCCGACGUGCCCUCUGGAAUCUGAGUUGCGAGCAGAGCCAUUCCACCCCAGAUCCCAACCCCAUUCCUGCUGUCAAGUAGACCAGUCUGGCCACAGUGGCCUUGGUUCCUGCACAGAGCCUAGUUCCUAUGGAUUCUGUGAGCUUCUCUGAUAGUCUUUCCACGAAUUACCUUCUGCUUAAAUCAGCCAGAGUAGAAUUCUUUCUUGCAACUUUACAUGGCACAUCUAACACAAAUCUGAAAGUUUCUUUCCUACAGGACACAUUCAAUAUAAGACUCUAAAUCUCAGCUGUAUAGGUAAGAGUGUGAACAUUUAACAAAAGCAAAUCCCUCUUUUCAAAUACCUGUUAAAUAUUAAGGUUAUUUUAAGUGGUGAGGAGGGAAUUUUUACAAAAAAAAGAGAAUAGAGUGUUUUAUUGGUAGGAAUUUGGAAGUGAGACAGCCUGGUUGUCUGGGUGUUCUGUGACACAGGCACUCUGGAUUAUGGUAAUUUUUCCAGCCAAAUUAUUAAUUUGUAGAAUCUCAGUUUCCUCGGACAGCUAAUAAGAGUACUUGUGUCACAGAACUACUUUGAAGAUUAAACUAAUUAAUACAUGAAAAAAUACUAAGAAUACCUAAUACAAGUAAGGACCCAGUAUAUCUUACUAUGACGUAAUAAAAAAAAACCAGUUUAUGAAACUGGAAAUAUACAAAAGGAAAUAUAAAAGCCACAAUGAAAUUAAGAUGAAUAUAAUUUAGACAUUUUACAAAUUAAAGUCGAGUAUUCAGAA